UCAGUAUGUACGCGUUGUUUAACUAGCAAUGAACACCACAUUUACUGCUUUCGCGGUGCUGGCCAGCCUGCUCCUUAUCUUUACAAAAUGCGAGUCCGCAGUGGAUCCCAUGUUGCUCGAGAAUGACUGCGCACUGACUAGUUCCUCCAACGAAGUGGGUCCCUGGACAGCUCUUUUGCAUGAGAAUGAUAAAGUCUUUUGUGCCGGAACUCUGAUCACUAAAAGGUUUAUUUUGACCGCUGCGCAAUGUGUUAGAGUUAACACGACCGUAUUAGUUCGAUUGGGAGAGUUUGGCAGAUAUUAUAAUGACUUCCCAGAAGACCAUAAGGUGGAGCUUUCUCUUAGGUACCGCUUCUUUGACAGCAAUUCGGAUGGCAAUGACAUCGCCCUGCUGAAAUUGACCAAAGAUGUGGUUUUUAAAAAUUACAUUAAACCGGUCUGCAUUAAUAGGAACCCGAACCAGCGUCCUCUUGGCGAAUAUUUUGUUGGAUAUGCCUGGACGGAUAACCGGGAUGAGUACUACACAGCAAACCUUACUACUAUUACCAUUGGGAUGUAUCAUGAGGUUAGGAGGCAAUGCGAUCAGUUUGACAUCUAUACCCAAUUCUGCGCUGGCCCCGUGAAUAAACAAGAAUCCUGCGAUGGAAUGGCUGGCUCAGCCCUGAUAAAACUCAUGGAAGAUUCAAGCCAGCCGAGCCGGGCCUUUCAGUUUGGCAUCUCGACUUCGGAUGCAAUGGAUUGCCAGGGAACGCAGGGUUACACCAAUGUGACGAAGUUCUACUCGUGGAUUCAGGAUAAUGUGAUCCUUUUCGAGCGUUCAGGAUAUAAACCAAAAAAAAGCUUUAUUGCAAGUGAUUACAUUAAGGUCUACUGACACAAAGCAAUACUUUCGGUACGAAAACUUAAGUGAAUACCUACAAAAAUACACGUUUCCUUUUCAAGAAUUAA